AUGGCAGAUUGGCACGGUUGUCGCCAAGUAAUAAGUCCCUCUUGCGAACUCCAUAUCCAUAUCCAUAUCGACCAUCCUAAAUAGCGAAAUCUUGCUCUUAUACUCUCAUUUUCGCUUAACACAUCGUCAGCUGUCUACGACGCGCGUGGAGAAAAGGCCUCAAAGAUAUACAUAAGAAACGAGGAGAGAUAAGAGAUCGAGUUCAAGUCUUUUGCCAUCCAUACCUAGUAUUCAAGGUCAAACCUAGGCAGACGUUUGUUUAGUGCCGGAACCAAUCGCAGGUUACUCGAUACGGGCUACUUAAUAUCAUCCUCCGCACGAGCGCAACAGGAAAUAUAUAGAUUUUGCCGGCACCUCGAUAUUAACCGCAAGGAUGGAUAUGAGCAGUAGCAGCAACAGUACCUAUUCCCAAUCGAUGACAUGGAAUUGGAACACCGUUGGUACAUGUUUCCUCGCCGAAUCAUGGCAAGUUGAAAGUGAGGGCGCAUUCGCAGCCUCUUGCAUCGGUGUCUUUUUCCUCGUCAUAUAUCUCGAGCUUGUCCGUCGCUUAGGCAAGGAAUACGACACUUUCAUAUUACGUCAAUUCCGGCAACAUGCGACCGCGCAAUUCCGGGCAUCGAAAGAAGAUAGCUCGUGCUGUUCCGAUGCGCCGGCUCCGGGUCCGCAAGUCGUCACGUUCCGAGCCACACCCCUGCAGCAGCUGAUCCGCUCUGUCGUACACGCUGCGUCUUUUGGUGUCGCGUACAUACUUAUGUUAAUAGCGAUGUCCUUCAAUGGAUAUAUUAUAAUAAGCAUCAUCAUCGGAGCCGGGUUCGGAAAGUUCUUAUGCGAUUGGAUGAUUGCGAAGGUUGUUGUUGGGGGUGAGAAUGAAGCCCAGCCCGAUAAGGGAGCCGAGGGAUUGGAGGAAGCAUCAGUCUGCUGCGGUUGAUUUGAUACGAUGAUGGAUUUAUGUUCAGAUACCCAAUAUGUCAUUUUGGUUUAGAUUUAGCAGGCGAUGGACGAUAAUUCAGAAUGGCCAAUUUACAACUGUGUUUU